AUGAGAGACUUCCUGAACGAGUUUGAGGUUGACGAAGAUGAACUUUCGGGGCGUGGCGAAAGCACUAGUUUUUUUGAAAUGGUGCUACAUUCACUUGGACAGAGUUCAAAAUUUUCGGACGAAGAUACGACCUUGUUCUUGUUGACGACUCUAUACUAUGUGAUUGAUUUUCUGGAUGGCUUGGCUGUAGAGAAAAAGCCUACUUCAAGUGAAAACUCGCCCGAUGAAGCGUGUACAAAUGCUUUUGCCGCAUUGAUCUUCUUGCUAGCCCGGCUCACGCAAAAACAGUCUGAACAUUUUACAAACCCUCACCACAGAUUGAUGCUGCGUGAAACUGAUAACGACAACACCCAUGGAUUAUGCGAUGGCGGUGACAGCUCGCAGCGAAUGAUCGGAGUGGAUACGAUGGCUCGACUAUUGUACAUUAUUCGGUCCCUGCCGGGUGAGGAGUACCGAAAGUUGUUUACAUUGGUGCCUCAUGCGGCUAAGAAAAACCCACCGCGUCGUGAUCGUAUUCGAGUGAUAAUUGUAGAGCUCCUGUUCAUUUUGAUGUGCUUCUGCAGCAGCCCGUCCGUGGGAAAAUGCAAUGUAAGAUAA